GACAGCUCCCACUUGGAUAAUAUCAGUGCUGCACAGUGAUUUCCCCCUCAUUUCCCCCUCCUUGCAAAGACGAUACGUGCAAUGGCAUCGCCCCAGAAACACUCAAAAGACCUCAAGAUAAUGAUCACGGACACCAAGCAGGACAUGGAUGAUGUGUACAAGGCACUGGAAAAACUCCGCAGUUUGUCCCAAGAGGAUCGAGCAGAAACAGGCAUGCUGCGAUCAAGAAUAGACGAGCAAUCCAAUUUGAUUUGCAUCCUGAAACAAAGAGCUGAUGAGAUGCUUCUCCGGUGUCAAGCUUUAGACAAAAUCAAUGCUGAACUUGAGACCUUACGUGAUGCCGUACAAGCUGAACUUGACAAUGAAAAGAAGCGGUCCUCGCUGCUAGAGCAGCGGUUCAUGCACCUGGCCGCAAACCAUCAAGAGCUGAUCAAAUUUAAAGACGAGUACAAACAACAGAAUGCUGUGUUGACUGAAGAAAACAAACGUCUUCGGGAGGAAAACGAAACUCUGUUUUGUAAAGAAUUGCAAGAGAAAGAGUUAAUCAUUUUGUCAUUAACCAAGGAAUUAAAGGAGCUUGCUCAGCAACACAUGCGAUUAGAGGCCGAGUACCAGGAAAAAACAGCUGUGUUCCAAGGGAAGUUAAAGGAGCUUAUGAACCAACAUCAGACCAAGGAGGCAGUUUUGCAACAUGAAUUACAAGACACUCAAGAGCAACUGAAGAAUGCAGUUGACAUGUGUGCAGAACUGGACCUUAGAUUGAAACUGUCACAAGACAGAGACAACUUACAUGAGGUUAAAGUGCAGGAGAAAAUUGAAGCUUUAACUAAGGAGAAAGAAGAACUAUUGGAUUUGUCUAUGCAGAGAGGAAAAAUUAUACAGGACAGACAAGUUGAGAUACUGGAGCUGGAAAAUAAAUGUUUGCAAGCAGAAAAUGCCAGGAUUGCGGCAGAAGACCGGUUUGCGACAGAGGUGUCGUCAGUAAAUGCCAAUCUGAAAGUGAAGGAACUUCAGCUUGCCCUUGACGCUGCUGAGAAGGCAUAUGGCGAUAUCAAGAAGGAUUUUGAAGCGUAUAAAAAGCACAGCUUUGAUCUACUUGCAAAGGAGAGGGAGCUAAAUGCCAAGCUACGCCAUGUGACUGGUUGAGGGCUCCAUACCAUAAUUCAUCAACAUCACACAUCAGUAUGUGGUUGGUUCAUUUGUUUUCUCAUUAAAAUCAGCGUUGUAU